CUCCUAGAAGAUGACUUCCAGUUCAUCCUUUGUGAGGGCUGCCAGCAGGAACCUCCCGACCUCAAGCUCCUCACCUGUCUCCACACCUUGUGCCUCAGUUGCCUGAACAUUAACAGGUCCAUUGGCCAGUGCCCCCUGUGCCGGAUGGCCAUCUGGCAGUCCGGUGGCAUCACCGACAUAGACAACCUGCUCUUCACCAGCCUACAGGCCACACUCAAGGUCUACAAGAAGAUUGUCGACGGAGUUGACUUGGUCUGCGACAAUUGCAAGAAAGCAGGUGAGUUCUGGUGCUCUGAAUGCAAGGAGUUCCUCUGCACCAAGUGCUUCGAGGCCCACCAGCGCUACCUGAAGAGGGAGAGCCAUGAAACUAAGAGGGUGACGGACAUCAGGGCAGGGUCUGCUAAAGACUUCCUUGAGAGCAUCAGGAAGACUGGUAACUUGUCCUGCUUCAACCCGGCACAUGAGAGCCAAACUGUAAGCUUCUACUGCAAGAAGUGCGAGAAGGCGCUGUGCUGCUUGUGCAUGCUGCUGGACAGCCAGCAUGCGCCCUUCUGCGACAUCCGCAGCGAGACCCAGCGCAGGCAGGAGGAACUGGGCACCAUGAGCCAGGAGCUGAAGCAGAAGAGAAGUGGCUUUGAGGCCACUUAUGCAGCACUGGAGGGUGAAGCCACCAGGCUGGAGGAGGCAGAGCGGGAGAUGCGGGAGCUGAUCCGGCAGCACGUGGAGCAGCUGGUGAGGCUGAUCCGGCAGGAGGAAGAGGAGCUGGAGCUGCAGCGCGUGGCGGGAGUGCUGCGGCGGAUGGAGGCAAGCGAGCGGCUGGUGGAGAAGAUGAGGCUCUACGCCACAGAGCGGGAGGUGAUGGACAUGCAGCCCUUCAUCAAGAACUCGCUGGAGCAGCUGGCGGCGGUGGCAGCGCUAGCGCAGCCUGGGAACUUUGCUGAGUGCAGAGCUAGGCUGCAGGCGCUGGUGGAGCGUGUCAUGGGGCACCCAGGUACCUCCGCUCCUGAGCAUGACUUCCUGUCUGAAGAGAAGACCACCCUGAUCCUUGACCUUGAGCCUCCCGGGGAGCAUUGCCAACCGCAUGGAAGUCUCCCUGCAGGACUGCCUGCCCACUACCAGCCCUGUGCCCCCGUGUCGGACCCCUCUGGUGGCAGAGGACACAGGAGCAUCCAGGACACUCUGGCCUCCCUGCAGGAAGACUUUGGUGUCUGGGCCAGGUCCAAUGUGCAGCAGGCAGACAAGCUCCUGAAGACUGGCAAUCACCUCCUGCAAGCUCAGCGCAGGGCAAACAGGCACCUGGUGUCCGUGACCCAGGAGAUCCAGGCCAUGUCCCGCUCCCUGGCCACCAUUGCCUCUGCUAAGCCACCCCAGCUCCAGCCAUGGAAGACUCCCACCAGAUCUCCACCUCCAACUCUGCAAAGAGGAAAAAAGUCCAAAAUGUGUCUGUCCCGGUCACCAGUAAAGGUGAUGAAGAUUGAAGACAAUGACGAUGGAUGGAACCAGACCGUGCCUCAGCAGCCAAGCUGCUCGGACCAGCCUGGGACCAGCCAUUUGCUGUCUCCCAUGACUCUUGCCAAGGAGGACAUCCUGCUGGAAGACAUGCCAGAUGGCAACGGUGGGCUGCAUGACUCAGGAAAUUGUGUGCUCUUCCAGGACUCCAGUCUGCUAGAUGAUCUCAGCAACAUCCUCGAUGAGAGCAUCAGCUUUCCCAUCAGCAGCCAGAACACAAUGGACUCAAGACAAGGAUCCCUUGUCUUCUUUGACAUGAGGAUUUUGAAAAAUGAAAGCAUUCAGAUGACGGUGGUAGAUGGAGAGAAAAUAUUCCCAGUCCUGAUUCAGCCAGUGAAAUAUUUGUCCAGCUUGAUAGCCAAAAAUACUGUUUGUGAGAUCGGUCUGAGGAAUCUGCUGUGCCACCUCAACACUGUCCACAGGCCCAUCCUGGGUGGCUUUGGUCUCUGGUCACUCUCCUUUCCCACUCUCUUGAAAGCAUUGACAGUCAUGAACAAGAACGAAGAGUUCAGCUCUGUUGUGUAUGGUUUCCUGGACAUUUUGCCCCUGAUUAAGGAGGAGAUCCCCAAGACGGAUAACUACAAGCUGAAGAACUUGGCCAGCACUUACCUUUGGUGGCACUUCAGUGACAGCAGCACCAUGGAGAAUGACAGCAUCAUGAAGUAUCUGUGCGAGGUGCUGGAUGUCAACCUGGUGAAGAAACGCAGGCUGAUCCUCAGUCAAGCCAGCCUGGAGUCCUUCAUCUCCCUCCAGCCCUUGCUGGACGAGAAGCUCCUCACCAGCCAUCAGCCCAAACACUGGCUCUGCACAACAUUGGCCUCUCUGAGCUCUGGUCCUGCUACCAGCACAACCCUGAGAAAGGGCUCCAGGAAGUGUGCCGUCUCAUCAACGCCCACCAGCACCGCUCCAAAAAGAAAGUCCGAAGCCUGA